UGUCGUUUCUUCUUCCUUUGGUCUUUCAUUUUUUGGUGAUUCUCUGUACAUCUUAGCCAAGUACAGUACAUUCAGGCUAGCGCUAUUGUAGAUGGUCUUGCUCAGCUCUCACUCUCACUCUCAGCCCGUUGCCUUCCAUGUCGUGCGGCGCCCAGACAACACCCGGCAGCUGGCUCUCCGUCUCUUCGCCGGCGGUGCAGCUCCCGCCGCCGUCGGGUCACCCGCGCUGCCGCCUCUCCGUCAGGGCCACAUGCGCUCCCACCUCCUCCCUCGUCCCGGCCAGUGGCGGCAGCACGCGCCACCAGACCCGGCCGCGCCUCGUAGCGACGCACUCGGUACCUCCGCCGCCGCCCCCUGCCGCCUGCACCGUCCGGAGGGACGCCGCGACGGGGCUCGCUUUCCUCCUCUUGGUGCUCGGCCUGGUGAUCAGCUCAGUUCUAUCACUAGUUAUCUUCUCAUUUCCAGCAUGGAGAGCUCUGCAGCAGAUGGAAAUUGCAGCUCGUAAAUUGUCGAAAUUAGCAGCACAAGAGGUACCCGGAACUCUAUUGUCACUAAAGCUGUCAUUCAUGGAGAUCAACGAUUUAACCAGCCAACUAAAGAAAAUUAGGAACAUUUUCACAACAAAUAGAUCUGGGAAGGAUAGAUGACUAAUGUGGUAGGAUGAUCACGGACUCGAUACCGAAACAGGGGCGUGUGUGGAUUAUUUAAUAAUCUGUAGUGAUGAUGUCUUAGUCCUUAGUACUACUUUGUUAGAUUACCACUUCUACCUCAAUUUCUUGAUCAUGUGAUGCAUCAUGCAUGUUGUCACAGUAUUGCUGGACACUGCAGAAACAUGCGCCUGACAGUUGCCGUGGCGCCCAAGUUGCUGUAGCUUGGCAAAUACUCCCUCCGUCUCAUAACAUAAGAGUGUUGCUGUGUUGGGAAGUACCGAACGGCAACAUGAAACCCAAACAUCUCCCAGAAGAGAAUGGUUAUAUUGACAAGGGGAUGUGUUCUGCAGCAAAUUUUUAAUACAGUAUCUUCUAUUA